GGCAUUGUUGUGACGUCACCCGAUGCGGCCAUUUUGGAAUCCCACGUUUGUAAGUGUAUGCGUGUGUGUGCGGUCGUCGCGGCUGCGCCGUGUGUAGGAAUAACUCGAAGAGAGUUUAGAAGCAUUGAAGCAGUUCGCUGCCAGCUAUUGAGUAACAGAAGAUGAUGGAAGAAAGUGGCAUAGAGACAACUCCUCCAAGCACUCCUCCACCUCCUCCAAGUGUUGCAGCAUCCGUGAACUCUGUUCCUGUUCCUUUAGUUAUGUCCAGUCCAAUUUCCAGUCCUGUGUCUCUUCCGAACACAUCAGCCAUCUCUUCCUUUCCACAGCAAGGGUUUUCUACCCCACUGGCUCCUACUUCUACUUCAGUCCCUCCCAUAAGGUCUUCUGCCCCACCUCCUUUCAGCAGUCCUGUAGGCUCUGCAAUAUCUUCCCCCCUUCCACCUCCCCCACUUAAUAUUCCAGUUGCAAAUGUCCCUUUUAGUAAUUCAGUUGCUGGAUAUCCUGCUCCUUCUGCCCCAAUGCCAGGCCCUGUGAUUUCUGCUCCUCCCAACAGUCCCCCCACAUCUGGUUUCUUGAUGAAUGCCCAAUAUGACAUUACACGUGGACAUGCAGGAAGAUCUCCUCAGACGCCUUUGAUUCCAAGUUUUUCUUCACAGCCAGUAGCAGCCAUGAUGUCAAGUCCUAUGGUUCAACAACCAACUACAUCAGCUGGUGUUGGGGUUGGAUCAGCUAUCACUUUUCCAGAUGCUGUGGAAGAUCCUGGAGUUUCAAUGCACAAUGAAACCAAUGCAGGAGGAAUUUGGGGCUUUAUAAAGGGUGUAGCUGGAAACCCAGUGGUGAAAUCUGUCCUUGAUAAAACAAAACAUUCAGUGGAGUCGAUGAUUACAACACUAGACCCUGGAAUGGCUCCUUACAUCAAGUCUACUGGUGACAUGGACAUCAUUAUUACUUCAGAUAAGGAAGUUAAGGUUGCUGCAGUUCGAGAUGCUUUCCAAGAAGUGUUUGGUUUGGCUGUGGUAACUGGGGAGUCUGGUCAGUCAAACAUUGCUCCUCAGCCUGUGGGUUAUGCAGCAGGACUUAAAGGUGCACAAGAGAGAAUAGAUAUUCUUAGACGGUCUGGUGUUCUUCAUGAAAAGCAAGUGGCAAUUUCUGUAGAAAAUUUUAUUGUGGAACUGUUUCCAGAUAAGUGGUUUGAUAUAGGCUGUUUAAUUCUUGAAGACCCAGCAUAUGGCAUUCAUAUUGAAAACUUCACACAAGCUACCCCUGUGCCUUUAGAAUUUGUACAACAAGCACAAAGCCUCACGCCUCCAGACUACAACUUACGUUGGUCUGGACUUAUGGUCACAGUUGGUGAAGUGCUAGAGAGAAACAUACCUCAUGUCAGCAGGACUGACUGGCAUAUCAUGUUUACUGGUGUGUCCCGAAGACAAAUGAUACAUAGUGCUGCCAAAGCUUUAGCAGGAAUGUACAAAUUACGCCUUCCUCCAAGAACAGUGUAAAUAGUUUAUGAUAAACCUUUUUUGUAAAUCACUUCAACUUUUCAGACAUUUACUCUAAGCAUCAUUCAAACCUACAGCUCAUAUGCUUGCACAGGAAGAUGUGUAAGUAUUUAAAAAAGCAACAAAAUAUUUUACAAAUAUACUAAUUUACUAUAUGUUUAACGUAACUUGCUUUCAUUUGAUUUUUUUUUUGUUUUUGGUAGGAUUUAGACAUUGACAAUCACUUGCACGGUAAAAUGUCUGUUCCAUUCUUGAUAAUAGUUCAAGAGAAGCAGCAUGCAGGCAUGAUUUUUGUAUUGCCAAAUAAAGGGAACUGAAAUUCAGGAACCAUUUUUUACAGUAUAGAAAUAUUUUUAUUUGAUACCUACAAAUUGUAUAUGUUGAUUAGAAAGUACAAAAAUAUGUUAAAUAUCUAAAAAGAACACUAUAGAUCUUUCAUGCUAAAUGUUAAAAAUUACCAAUCUUUAGGUCAUAAAGUAGAAAGUGCAAGUGUCUAACAUGAAGUCUACAUCCUUCAUAAAGUUGACAUGUAAUUUAGUUUGUGUGUGUGUGUAUAUAUGUGUAUAUGUAUGUGUAUAUGUAUGUAUGUAUGUAUGUAUGUAUAUAUAUAUAUAUAUAUAUAUAUAUAUAUAUAUAUCCAUCCAUCCAUCCAUUUUCCAACCCGCUGAAUCCGAACACAGGGUCACGGGGGUCUGCUGGAGCCAAUCCCAGCCAACACAGGGCACAAGGCAGGAAACAAUCCUGAGCAGGGUGCCAACCCACCGCAGUAUGUAUAUAUAUAUAUAUAUAUAUAUAUAUAUAUAUAUAUAUAAAAUUGUGUGUAUAUGUAUAUAUAAAACAUUGUGUGUGUGUGUGUGUGUGUGUGCAGACAAUAUUGAAAAAUACAGACAAGAUAUUGAUGCUUUUUUGGCAUAGUUGUGAUAAAAUUUUUACUUUCCUGUUGCAUCAGUUAAGCGUGAUAAGGAACUUUUGGGUAUAUUUGGAUCUUCAAUCAACUGGAGAGGGAGAGGAAUGAGAUAUUUUGAAAGAACUGGCGUUAUACAUGCUCAGUAGUUUUAUUAUAUAUUUAUGUGAUUAUUUUUAAAAUUAGAAUAUGUUAAUAGCCCUUUUUGGAUUUAUUCUGAGUAGAAUUUUAGUUUUAAUGCUAUCCUCUUAAAUUCAGUAGGCUUUGAAUGUAAUUUGAUCAAAUGCAAAUGCUUGCAUUCACAUUGCCCAUCAUUCUGUUUAUUUUCUAAAAUACAUCCUGUUCAGCUUUGAGUGACUGUUGCAAAUAAUGCUUAAUUUAAGAGAAUGACCUCAAAGCUGACAGUUUUUUUUUUCUUCUAUUAGAGAAAGUGAAUAAAUGAAUGUUCAUUUCUCAUGACUGUUUUUUUUUUUUUUUGUAAAUAUUUUUUGUUUUUCUUAUUUCCUGUAAGGAUCUGUGCUUUUCAAUUCAGAUGUGAUACGUCAAAGUUGUUGAUUCAUUUCCUUUGCACUGAGAAGAGUGUUAUGCAUUUUUCUGUAAACUUAAGAACAAUCAUAUCUAACAUUACUUAUUUUAAGAACCUAAAACUUGAUUAGUUAGCAGUAUGACCAGAGUUAUGCCAGUUCUGUAGUUAUAGCUACAGGUAGAAUUAAUAAACAUUUAACUAAAGAGUAGUAAAAUUGCCUUUUGUAAUGCACACUCUUUUACCAUUCCUAACUGCUGACAAAUAAAGAGAUAUCUGUUUGGAAUUCUCA